CUGGCGACUUCUGUAAUAUACUGAGAUUGCGUUUGAUUGCCAAAUGUUUCAGGUUGUGUUUGUCCAGAGAGAGAAAGUCAAAGUUAGUGUUCAAUACUUCGUUAUUGACCAGAAGAAAUGCACAGUGAAUGUCGCACAUUUACUACGUAUAUUAGUAUCGUUAUGAUAUACAAAACUGUAGUCCUGGACAAUUUGAAAACCAUUUCAGUCAAAGAAGAAAAAACAGAGGAGAUGUGUGUUGAGCCAGGCACCAUGAAUAUAAUGCUCUUCAAUGGUACAAAAUAUCUGCAUAAUAUGAUAAAUGAAGACAUUCAAACCUUUUACCCAUAUCCUGUAUGGCAAAGUGUUCUUUAAUUAACGGAUUCAUUAAUGGUAUAGUAGAAGUAAAAUGAUAUUCAAGAUAACGAGUUUGUUUGCGUAGUCAUCCUGCACAGCCAGCACAGAAAUAUUUGUUUUGUAAAUAACAAACGCCUACUCUAGCUGCAUUGUAUUUUCUCUCUCCCAGGUGCAUUUCACAGCAUGUGACUACAUGGCACAAAGCGCAGAUACCAACUAAAAAUGCGAAGAACUGUAACUAAUCAUUUCUGUACAUAAAAAGAGAAGAGAACUGUUUUAUAAUAUACAAAUGAUGCAUACCAAAACAAAACUGUAUGAUUAUAGAUUCCACUGAUGAUAAAGUGUAAAAGGUGAAAUGCA